GGGGAAGUGGGCACGCAGUGCGGCAGUGGUUAUACUCGCUCGCAUGAAGCUUUUUGCAGUACUGUUUUUAUUGAAGUCGGAGGCCAUCCCCGGUGGGGGUGGGAAUAGCAGGAGAUCGCUGCCGAGCCGACUGGUGUCUGCGAGUCGAUAAAAUCCAUCCGUCGAUCGAUUGAUCCCGCUCUUCCCUUCGCUUCCGCUUCUCUUCUGUUCUCUUUUCCGCCUCGCAGUGGGGGCUGACGCGUAGCAGUUCGAGAAAAGGGAGAGAAAGGAAGAGGAGAGACAAAAGAAAAGCGAGCCCAAUUAUUUCGAUCUUUUCUCAUCUUUUUUUUUCCCCUCCGACCGAAAGCUUGAUUUCCGCCCCCUUAGAUUCCCCUCCCUUCUCCCCCUUUUUGCUCCACCUGCUUCUUCGUCGUCUCUCUCCAUUUCCCUCCGUCGAAUGGGAUUUGCUCGCCGCGAUCGGAGCCGGAGCUCCCAUCCGAUUUUCUUCAUGCAAGGCUCGGUGUUAGCUUCUCGUAUAUAUCUAAAUUCAUCUGCAGGGAAAGAUUGGUGAAGACUGAUGCAUGAGAGGGGUUGUGGGAUCAUGACGACGACGAUGAUGCUGAGGAGAGGAGGAGAUUUGAACCUGAACAGCUCGGUGCAGGCGUGCGGGGAUUCGAUAAAGGAGGGAUUGAAGCAGGCAAUGCUUCAGCAUGAAGUUAUCUUGAGGAAUCAGGUCCGGGAACUGCAUCGGCUGUACUGGACGCAGAAGAACCUGAUGCACGAACUGUGCCGGCAAGAUUCCGAUGUAUAUUCUCCACGAAGGGCGUCGGUGGAGAGUGAUGGAUCGGCGGAGGAGAAGAGAGUUUGGGACGUUCCCUCCGGAUUGCUGAUGGUGAAUCCGACGGAUGCACGAGGUAACGUCCAUGAACUCCGUAGGAACGGGAUGAGGAAUUUUGAUCUUGAGCUUCCUGCCGAAGAGUUCACGAGGGAUCCAGGGGAAGAGAGUGGCGGCGGAUACUUGGGAGUAAAGGGUUCUGUAAGUGGUGAAAACGCCACGAAUUCGGGGCGGCUGAAGGCUAAUUUCGGCGCCAGAGUGGCCGACGAUCCCAACAGGGGGAGUUGCUCGAAUGCCCGUGUUGUUAUUGAGUUAGAAGAAGAGCCUCUAGAAUUGGAGUCUGAUGGGGAAGCAAAUGUCAUUUCCUCCUCCAGGUUCGAGGCUCCGGUCAAUAAUGGUGUAGAUAAAUGUGGUUCACCGCCGACCGUUUCAUCCGACAGCGUGCCUGCACAGAAUCAUUCGUAUGUGGAUCACGGCGAGAGAUGGGAAGGGCAGGAAUCUACUUGCCAUUUUGCUGAUUUAAAUGAAUCCAUAGGUGAGCCCUCUGUUAAACCAUCAAGCCAGAAGCAACAAACUACUUUCUGCAAACGGAUGCACAUUGACCUUAACAUAGCACAAGAUGAUGAAUCUAUCCAUUCUCUGCCAAAUAUUAUGCCAACAUUCCCUUCUCCAUCCACGAGUUCAUCAGUUGUUCACCGCGGAGAUGUUUGGAGGGAAUCAAACAACAAAUGCCCCAAAGAGUCUGAAUCAAGCAACAUAUGCCCAAAAGAAUCCUCUAUGACAAUUCAGCAUGAUCUUCCUUCAGAAAAUUCUAGGGAAAAGAAUGUUGAUUGGUUGUUUCAUGGCAGUCAGCAUGCACAUCCUUCUUUCACUCAAGCUUCAGCAGAGGGUACUAAGGUUUCUGAGUAUAAUGAUAGUCAGUAUGGAUUAGAUCAAAAACUUGAAAAGUGCAGUGCUAAGGACCCAGCACAUUCGUACAGAGAUUUAGAGGAAGGAUUUUAUAGUUUUUCUACUAGACAAUUUCAGUAUAGUGUUAACCCAACAGCCCUAUCUGUUACGGGCCUACAUGAACCAGAAGAUGCAAAAGUGGACUACUUGUUGGCUCAACCACAUUCCAAAAAUGUAAAUAUUGAUAGCAGAAAGCCGACUUUAAUAACAACCUGCAGCAAUGACAUAGAAGAUAAUAACUUACAUGCAUCGGUUGGGAGUACCAAUCUGCCACCGACUGUAAUCAGAGUUUUGGAAGACAAGCAAGCAAAUCAGGAGAGGAGUGAAGAAGACACUGUAUCAAGCCAUGCUGUCAGUCGAGCUGAGAAUCAACAGGAUGAAUAUGUUGAAGAAUCUCUUAUCAAAAAGAAGCCUGAUCACAUUACUGGAAAUAGCGAAUGCACUUCACCAGACAAAAGUGUUGAAGAACAUGCAGUUCUCUCCAUUGCAGCUGAUUCAGGAACAACUCAAGACAUUCCAGUUGCUGCAAGGUUUCCUGGCAUAAAGGUCCCAACUCCUGAAGCUUCCAAUAAUGUUCACUUACUGGAAAAUUCAUGCAAUAUUUGCAAAGCAAAACCUGAAGACAACAUCAAGCAGCAGACAACUGAAGCAGUAGAGAUGGACCUUGUGAUUGUCAAGGCAGCUGAGAGACUGCUAUCUAUAUCUUUAGAGAAUUCAACAUAUCCUGUGUAUCAGGUAGCUAGCAAUGGACAGGUAGAAAUCAAGUCCAAGGAAGGUAGUGAUCGGCCUCAGUAUUCUUCUGAUUCUUUUGAGACUAUUACUUUGAAGCUGCAAGAAAUCAGAGAUGAUGGACAGUCAAGGCUUGCAAAACCUACUGAGAAUGAAACAGGGAAGGAUGUUCAUGGAGUCAAGUUACGGAGGGGAAGGAGAUUGCGAGAUUUUCAGAAAGACGUGUUGCCAGGGCUUAUUUCCCUUUCGAGGCAUGAGAUUUGCGAAGACAUGCAUACCAUAGGCUAUAAGCUUAGGAGGAACAGGCCCAGCAAGAGCUGGGGGGAGAAGUGGUUCGCACCAAUUAGAAGCAGGCAAUCGAGGCGCUGUUCAGUUGUACGGAGGCGCUAAGAGGCCAACAGUUCUAGACUUGCAGACUGUGUUGAAAAAUUUUAUGACCAAAGUCUAAUAGCAGAAUGCUUUCUGGUUAGCCAGGAAGUGGACGAAGCUGAUUCCGGACAGUUCUGUGAAUAUCUAUAUAUGAUCUGAACUCGGUUACAAAUUAGCGCAUUUGAAGUUAAUAGCUAAGUUUUCAAAUGGACAAUCAUUUAAUGUGUAUGAGAACAGAACGCAUGGUUGCGAAGUACAGCAAAACCACAUACUGGUUCGCUGCAGUGCAUUGAGUCCCCAAGAGACUAUAUGGCUGAUUAAUAGCGGUUUGAUGCUCUGAAUAUACCGUCAAAAUGAAGAUUUUGAUAUAAUUAUCCAGAUAGAAGACAAUCCUCCUGAUGAUAGAAGAUUUUGAAGGAGGAUAGAGGUCCAAAAAUCCUAUAGGUAAUGAUGAGCUCAUUACCACAUGAGCCAUGCUGUUCAAUCAGAGGCACCUUAAACCACACUUCUUAGGCCUGUUUGACUACGGUAGGGGGCAGUACAGCAGUUGUGUUUAGGUUGAGCUCUCCAUUGUGUUUGUGUUUUUGAGUUUCAAACAGGAAGGAGGUAGUGGAAUGAGAUGCCAAUUGUGUCUUAGCCCAGUGGAGAAGUGAAUCCCCUGAAAUGAGUCGGCACUCCUUGUAGUGUAUGGUUGGGCAAAUGAACCGUAAGUAACUUUCAUUCUUUCUGAAAACCUACGGUUUUGUUUGCUGGGAAAGUAAUGGCUGUUGGGAGGGACUUCAAUGACUUUCGGUAUUUGGUUGAAUGGUGUAAACAUUCACUUCCAAGUACUUGGGUGUUUGGUUGGUGUCCUCUUCUAUUAAACUAAUGUAUAUUAUUUCCCUUUUUAUUUAUACGAUAAAUAUAUA